AUGAGAGGUAAAGGUUUCAUGGAUUCCACUCCUUCACUCGGGACUCGGACUAGACCUUGUUUCCAUGCUUAUGGAAACUAUGCUUUCAAUUAUGACAUCGUUGACAAACUCGGAGCUUCCAACUCCCGAUCUGAAGUAGGUGACGGUUAUGGAAACAAGAAGGGAGCCUACACCAUCCACGACAUCGACGGCAGAGCCAGACGCGUAGACUACGUGGCUGAUAAACUUGGAUUCCGUGCUGCCGUCAAGACCAACGAGCCAGGAACCGCUGCCAGCACCCCAGCAGCAGCCCUCAUCGCUAGUCCUUACCCUGGACCAUCUGUCGAUCACAUUGCCCCUGUUUCCACUGCAGUCUAUGGACACGCUGUUGCCGCUCCAGUUGUAGCUGCUGCUGCUCCUGUUGCAUAUGGAGGUGUCAUUGGACAUGGACCAGCUAUGGGGUAUGGGUAUGGUCUGGGGUAUGGAUACGGAGCUGGUAUUGGAAAGGCUAUAAUCCAUUAA